GUUUAUUUUUUCCUAGAUUGUUACCACCUACAAGAGCAGGCACAGACACGGGCACAGGGAGAGGAGAUAGCUAGGCAACGCAGCAUUCAGGAUAAAAAUAGAAUGUUAAAUAUUUAUAUGUAGAACAUGCGCAGCUCAUUGAUAAAAGUCCUGGCGCUGCUGCGCACUCUCUCAGUCGAGAUGCGAGAGAAGGGAGCAUAGAAUCCUGUAGGAUACUAUACAUGCCGUGGCCUUUUAUGCUGAUGUCCUUAUAUCUUUCCGUUCAGUUUCGAAGAGUCCUGCACCGAGAGCAGUUGAUACAGUCCGACGACAACAGCUUUUCUGCGCCGUGUCUGAGUCUGGAGUUGUUUUGUGUGUAUAACUAACGAAGUCACACCAUGAGACAUAAUUAUAACGCGCUUUUACUGGCCACGUUUGUGACAUGGUCGGGGGUGUUGUGCAGCACGGCUUGGGGCACCACAGAGGGCCAAGAGACUCCGCUUGCGCUCCCCGUGGCAGAGCAGACCCAGCCCACUACGGCAAUUCAGGGAGAGGUGUGGGAGGAGGACGAUCACGAAGUCCUCAUAAGGAACGAGCGCGGCACCAAGAGCGAUGGUUUGUCCUGCCGAUAUGGCAAGAACCCGUGGACUGAAUGCGAUACGAAAACAAAUACUCGUUCUCGAACCUUGACUCUAAAGAAGGGUGAUCCGGCCUGCGACCAAACACGCACUAUUCAAAAGAAAUGCAAAAAAGCUUGCCGAUAUGAGAAGGGCUCCUGGUCGGAGUGCGCCACUGGACAGAUGACUCGGGCCGACAAAUUAAAGACGAGCAGUGAUCCUUCCUGCGAAGCAACGCGCGUUAUCAAGAAGAACUGCAAGCCAGGCAAGUCCAAGGAUAAGAGUGCCAAAGAGCAGCGCAAGAACAAGGAUAAAGCCGCUCGCAAAGGACGCGUUUAAGUGAUUACGAAAAUCAAUAAUUUCAAAUCUCUCCCCCAUCCCCGUGUUGGUUUAUGUCUCUCGUUUGUGAGGCGAAUACUUUAAGUUGAACCUGCCCACUUUUUAAUAUAUUUAUAACAAUGAGAAACAGAAGAAUUGCGAUGUCUGCUAUGUAUACCCGAAAGGCAUGCGGCAUAUUAAAUGUUGUAGUUUGGUUCUCAGCAAACGAUACACUUACACUUAAUAUUUAACGACAGUACGUUCAAUUGUAAAACAUAAUAGCAACUUUGCGGAAUUUAACGUAUUUAUGCAACGCAGAAUAAAGGAUAUUCAUACGAUACCAUUACCAUUACCACUACCAUUACCAGUACCAUACCUACAUAAAUACCUAAUUAUUUAGUUUAUUCAAGAGAAAAACAUAAAACCAAACCCAGUCUACAUAAAGCAUUCUCUGAAAUUACAAAAACUGGAAGGGCAGUUGCCUUAUCGGAAUCAAUAUCAAUUCUUAAACGCAGCCUCCAGAAGUGUGUGACUGUUGAAGCCCUUUCCAUAAUAUUUAGAGUUGUUCUUCAUUGAAUUUUACAUAAUAAUAACCGUAAACCGUAAAGCGUAAACCGUAAAUUUAAAAAAUAAAACCAAACAUUUAAUCUGAUUAUUGAUGUGACAUUUUGGCAAGUAUCAGCUUCUGUAUCAGAUCUCAAGCAAAGCAGAAGGAUACUGUGAGGACGGUAUCAAAUUUGUCAUUCGCAGAUAAUAAAUUUAACACUUAGUGUAAAUAUUGUAAAAAUAAAAGUAUAAAAAGAAAAACCUACUAUAGAAAGAAGAAGACAAGGAGGUGGACAUUGUAGGCGAUUGGCAUUUUAAAGUAGUUUACAGCUCACUUUCACUGAAUACUGAAUAAUUAAAGUAAAGCCCACAUUUGGGAACGGGGAUACCACCUUCCCGGUAAUUAAUAUACAGUCGAAGUACCGACAUACACACAUACAUAUUCUGAUCAAAAAUUGUACCAUUUCAAAGACAUGGUUUAUCUUUUUAAUAAACACAUAUAAACUUAGAACGUUAACUACGACUUGAUGUAAUUGUCUGUAAGCAGUUUUACAACCCCAUACCCAUACCCAUACCCAAACGAUUCACAUUUACAUUCACACUCAUGGCAUGCUAUUCAUAAACACAUCAUCGUUAGGGGCAGAAUUCGGCGAGUCUCUUUGUUCCACAAGGAAUCUGAGCACAUGAGCAACUGCCCCGGAGUAAAGUGAAAUUUGUUUACGUACGUAUACAUGCAGACGCAUACAAUAUAAGAAAAAGAAGUAACUGAACUUUAAUAAAUACAAAUAUUACGGAAUAACUAUUUGAAUAAUUAUUCAAACGCAAAUCGUGGUGCUGAAUUUAUUAGCCUGGCUUGGCUUGACUUGAAGGUUUAAUAUCCCGCAGAAAUCCGAUACUUUAAGGCAUCCUUAUCCGGAACAGUAAUAAAGGUACAGGUACAGAGGUGGGUAUUUCUAUAGAACACCUCAGUUUGGAAGAUCAAGUUCGAAUCGGGCAGCAGGGGUGUCACAGCCUGCACCGAUUUCUCGCUGUUUAUUUUCCUUGUCUGCGUACGCUGUUUGUUUCUUUACCAAACCGAAACUCUCUCGCAGGGAAAUCACUCAAAACAUGUUUUGGCUGAGGUCUCGGAAACGAAAUGGAACUGGGAACUAUGAACGAGAGAUGUAUACUGAAAACUUGCUCAAAACUGUAUCUACUUGUAUUUUGAUAUACAUAAUUGUAAACCGCUCGAAGAACUCCAAUCUGUUACACAACGCCUGGUCAUUGUUUACAUUCCGUUUGCCUCAGUUCAGAUAUGAAUGUGAGUCCCUUGCAUUUCCUCUGUACAUAUACAUAAUCGAUCAUAAUAAAGAAGAGAACAUGA